AUGGAUCCAGAAAAUUUAUCGAAUUUCUCAUCGAUGUUUGUUCCCAGGACACUGAAACGACCGAGUUCGGGUCCUGCUAGUACGGCAAAACGAGCAAACACAGCGGGCCGACUUAAUGCCACGACAUUUAACGGUAAUUCAAAGACUGGAAAAGAUGAAAAUAUCGAUAAUAAUAAUAAUAUAACGACAACCACACAUGCUGAGGCGAGCAAAGGUGAAAGUGAAAAAAGUGACUUGAUCACUGAACAUACCGAAGACGACCAUAUAAACGCUAGUUAUUCACCAGCGCAGAAAGCUGAUCUCACAAAUGAAAAAGAUAUAUCCGUGACAGUGCACCAGCACCAAAGAUCACUAGUAGUCGGGACUUCACUACAGACAGUCCCAACUUAUUCACCUACUCAACCACCCAUACCUCAACCCUUACUAAUACCAUCCGAUUUAUUCCAUCCGCAACUAAUUCAGUACACUCCACACGCCGAAAUCGCCUCUCUUUCUCCCACACAAUUAACGACUAUUCUCACUAGACACGGGAUAACCGCAAUUGGCAGAAACAUUCCUCGACCAAUAUUAUCCUUCACUCAUUGUGAAUUCCCAUCAAAGUUGCACGAUAAUCUACAGCGUGUGGGAUAUGAUCAACCAACGCCAAUUCAAAUGCAGGCUAUUCCUGCCGGUCUGGCUGGACGAGAUAUUCUCGCGAGCUCUAGCACAUCGUCAGGCAAGACUGCAAGCUUUUUGCUUCCGUUGAUCGUACAUACCUGGGCCUUGUCACAGUUUUAUAAUGGAAAAGGUGGUCCAUACGCUCUAGUUAUGGCGCCAACAAGGGAAUUGUGUUCGCAGAUAGAAACUCAGACAAAGAAGAUGAUUUCUGGUCUUACUUUGAUGAAGACGGCAUUGUUGGUAGGUGGGUUGCCCUUACCUAAUCAGGCAUACCGGUUGAAGCAGGGCGCACAAAUUGCUGUUGCCACGCCUGGAAGAUUGUUGGAGAUUAUUAGGCAAUGCGAAGAGAUAGAUAUGAGCAACAUUCGCAUGAUUGUGUUGGAUGAGGUGGAUAUGAUGUUGAAAAUGGGAUUCGAAGAACAAGUUAUGGAGAUUAUGGAGAGUUUGCCGGUACCUGAGAAUUCGACAAGAAGGCAGACAUUUAUGUUUUCUGCUACUAUGCCAAAGAAUAUCCAAUCGCUCGCUAAUAAGAUUCUUAGGGAUCCUAUUACCAUUUCCGUUGGGCACUUUUUAGAGACUAAGCAUGACGUCGCUGACAAAUCAAACAAUAUAUCCUCAAAAGUCAUAACCAUACCAGAAAUUCCUGUAAAACAAACAAUACUUUGGGUAGAGAACAGUUCCAAAAAGAAACAACUUUUCUCUCUUUUUAAUGAUUCCAAGUACUGGCGCCCCCCCAUAAUUGUCUUUGUUGAAUCAAAAUUGGGUGCAGAUCUCUUGGCUGGUGCAAUAGAAAAGAAAUGUGGUGCGAGCGUUGCCAGUAUUCAUGGUGACAAAAAUCAAGAGGAGCGUUCGCGUAUACUUGAUGCAUUUGUUAAUGGCGAGUAUGAGGUUCUUGUUGCAACCGGAGUACUGAGCAGAGGAUUGAACUUGGAUGUGCGCAUGAUUGUUUUGUUCGAUAUGGCAGUAUCUGUAGAAGAAUACGUUCACCAAGUGGGGCGAGCUGCAAAGUAUGGAAAUCAAGGGUGGGCCGUUACAUUUAUUAAUGAGGAUAGUAAACAUUUAUUUAAUCAGUUUGUCUCCAUAUUGAAGAAGCAGCCAUUUGGGAGAGUUACUCCUCUACCAUCUAAAUUAUUAAAUCAUGGAUACACAUUGUAUGGGAAGGGAUGA